GAUCUGCGGCAGGCGGACAGGCGGGCGAUCAUGGCGCUGAGCAAUUUCCUCUUCGCGCAAUGCAUCUGCUACUUCCUCGCCUUCCUUUUCAGCUUCAUCGUGGUGGUGCCGCUAUCGGAGAACAGCAACGACUUCCACGGCCGCUGCCUGCUCUUCACCGAGGGCAUGUGGCUCAACGCCAACCUGACGGCCGAGCGGCAGCGCUUCACCGUGCAGGAGUGGGGGCCCGAGUCCGCCUGCCGCUUCAGCCUCUUCGCCGGCCUCCUCUCUCUUCUUCUCGCCGCGGUGCAGGCCUGGAGGACCCUCUUUUUCCUCUGCAAGGGCCACGAGGACUCUUUCUUUUAUGCUUUCCUGAAUCUUCUGAUCAGCACCUUUGUGGUUUUUGUCAUCUUUAUCGCCAGCACUAUUGUGACUGUUGGGUUUAACAUGUGGUGUGAUGGUAUUACUGAAAAAGGAAGCAUGACAAAUAGUUGUGAAGAAUUACAAGAUGUAGAUCUUGAGCUGAAUUUAGAAAACUCAGCGUUCUAUGACCAGUUUGCCAUCACACAGUUUGGCCUCUGGGCUGCCUGGCUGACUUGGCUAGGAAUUACCAUUUUGGCCUUUUUGAAGGUUUAUCAUAACUACCGGCAGGAGGACCUCUUGGACAGCCUGAUUCACGAGAAGGAACUUUUGUUGGGACGAUCUUCAUCACGAACUUCUUUUCAGGAAGAGAAAAGUGGCAUAAUCUAAUACCUAAUAAGCCACACUGCCUAGGAGGUUGCAGGUUGUGUAUUAUGGGCCUUAGCAAGAUAGAAAUUGAAUUGGCAUGCC